AUGGAUGUGUCAGUGGCCCGUCAACCUGGACCACCUGCCGCGGCAGCAAAUGAUGAUAUAACGUUUACGACGGCAAACGAAGUCGGACAAUUUUUUGACGAGCUCCUUCGUACAUCUGGGCAACGUUUGGAUAACUCAAAGGGUGCAACUGCCGAGACGUUGAAAUGUUUUCUCGAAUCCAUGAAUAAAUCCAAUCGGGCUUCUCUGAGAGAACUCUUCGCAGAAUCUGGCUUGAGCAUCAGUCCAGAUUUAGUGUAUACGGAGUUCAAGCGACAAUAUGCGCCCCUGGUUGUGAAUCAGAUGCUCUAUAUCAUCGACGAGGAGUAUCUGGUUAAGAAUAACUGGGAUGUUAUCAAUCCCUAUGCACCUCCGCCAGCCGCUCGAAAAAUCGAGAUAAUGAUGAGCACAAUUCUGUGGGCGGACCAACUUUACUCGUCAUGCGGAGGCACGGAGUGGAAAAUGGGCUUCAUUACUUUUCCAUGCGACUCCCUCAUGAAUUAUCUCAAGUGGCUUGGAAAGGUUAAACAGCGCAGAUUCUUGGAGGGAGACCAAUUGAGCGACCAGGAUGAAAAUAUCCUGUUUAUACUUUGGCGUUGGUUCGAAACGCAUGACCAGAGACCAAUCAGGUUGGCAUUUGCUAUGGCCAGUCGGGGGAUGGUGAGAAACAUCCAGCAAGAAUUAGGCCAUUUGCGUAUUAUUAUAGAGAAUUUGGACGGAUUUGAUAAAUACCCGAUGCCCAUUGGGAACGCUUCGAAAUAUUAG